AUGAACAGCACGGGACUGUCGAUUCCGGCGGUGGAGCCGUUUCGGCAGGGCGACGACUUCGGCCGAUGGUUGCGCGGUGUCGAGCGUUACCUGUGUGCGGUCGGGAUCCAGGAGGCCGACCGGAAGUGUGCGGUGCUGUUGCACCUGGUCGGGCCGGACGUUGCCGACCUCAGCGGGACGCUGCCGGAGGAGACGAGCGAGACGGCCGACAGCUUCGAGCGGCUCACGGGGAAGCUGACGGCCUACCUGUCUCCGGUCAGGAACGCGGUGGCAGAGCGCUCUCUGUUCCACGGGAUGCAGAUGGAGCCUGAAGAAGACCUGGAGAGGUUCCUGGGUCGCCUGCGAGCGCAGGUCGUGCGCUGCGGCUAUGCAGCCACUGAAGUGGACCGGGAACUGCGCGAUCGGUGCGUGCUGGGGAGCCGAGCCGAUCUGCGGGCCAAGCUGGUAAAGCUGGCCGCCUCGAAGGGCGACGGUUUGACCCUGGCCGAGGUACGGCAGACGGCACGCGCGCACCGCGAUAUGGAGCAGCUCGGUGCUCAGCUGGGCGGCACGCGUUUGGCCGAGGCACCGGCAGCAGACGCCGAGGGAGCCGUCAAUGCCGUGAGGUCGCCCCAGUCACGGCUCGGAACCUGCUUCCGCUGCGGUGCUGCUGGUCAUUGGCAGCGCGACUGUCCAGCGGCCGGAGCUGUGCCGCGUGCACGAGACAGUCACCGUGUACGCGACAGCCACCGUCCGGCUGGCCGAGCGGCCAGCGGCGGGCGCGUAGGAACGACCGGCGCACGAGGUCAGGCUGGCACGCCGGACAGGAAGAGCAGUGACGGCCCGGUCAGGCUCCGGCGAUGCUUCAAGUGCGGCUCCACCGGGCACCUGAAGGCGGCAUGUCCGCAGCGGCGGGUGCGGAUGGUGGCUGCGGAGGAGGAACAGACGGACGGCGACGGCGACGCGUGGCUGGUGAGCUCAGUCGGCGGCGACGCGUGGCUGGUGAACACAGUCGAAGCCAGCGCCGCGGAGCCGGAAAUGAAGACGGUGACGGUGAACGGCCAGCAGCUGGCCAUGGUCAUGGACACGGGGAGCCCGGUGUCGCUGGUGAGCGCGGAGACAGCGCGGCAGCGGGGGCUUCUGCAGCAGCUGGACCCGUGUGACCUGCGCCUGACCUCGUUCACAGGUCAGGCCAUUCCCUUGAGAGGGGAGGCGCUGGUAAGCGUCACGGCGUCAGGAAGACCCGCGACCCGUCUGCGGCUGGUGGUGACCGGGUUUGGACCCCACCGCCCGCUGAUGGGACGCGAGUGGCUGCAAGCGCUUGGUCUGAUGACGUCACCGGCUCGGGUAUGCCGCGUGCAGCCGGCGCGGACGCUCGAAGGCGUGCUGGAGAGGCACUCGGCGGUCUUCAACGAGGAGCUGGGACGCAUCCCGAUCAAGGUGGGACUGCGGCUGAAGUCGGACGCCAAGCCGGUGUACCGACGGGCGCGUCCGGUGCCGUUCGCCCUGCAGGAGGCGGUGGACCGCGAACUGGACCGUUGGGAGGAGCAAGGGAUCGCCGAGAAGGUGCCUCCUGGACACUUCUCCGGAUGGGGUACGCCGCUCGUACCCAUCCCCAAGAAGGACGGCGUGCGGCUGUGCGCAGACUAUCGGAUCACGGUGAACCCGCAGCUGCAGCCUCUGAAGUAUCCGAUGCGCACACCGGAGGAGCUAUUCGCCAGCAUCCGAGGGAAAAAGUUCUGCGAGCUGGACUGCAGGAACGCCUAUCUCCAGUGCGAGCUGGACGAAGAGAGCCGGGAAAUGACCACCGUGACCACACACCGUGGUGCGAUGCGGAUGAACCGUCUCCCGUACGGGAUCAGCACCUGUGGAGCGCAGUUCCAGGCGAUCAUGGACCAGGUGCUGGAUGGUCUUCCAGGAGUCGUCUGUUACCUGGACGACGUGCUGAUCGGCGCCGACAGCGACCGUGAGCUGAUGGACAGGCUGGACCGGGUGCUGGAGCGGCUGAAGGACAACGGCGUCCGCCUCAAGAAAGAAAAGUGCCAGUUCGGAGUCCGAGAAGUGGUGUAUCUCGGUUGGCGACUGUCUGAGGCGGGUCUGCGCCCGGUGCAAGAGAAGAUGGCGGCCGUCACAGCAGCACCUGACCCUCGGAACGUGCAGGAGCUGCGAUCUCUGAUCGGGUCAGUCAGCUAUUAUCAGCGGCUGCUGCCCAACCUGUCUACCGUGCUAGCGCCGCUCUACGCGCUACUGAAGACGGGCGUCAAAUGGGCAUGGACGGCGGAGUGCGCCGCGGCAGUGCGCCGUGUGAAGGACAUGCUGUCCACGGCGCCGGUCCUGAUGCGGUACGACCCAGUGCUGCCGCUGCGGCUCGUCACGGACGCCAGUGCGACAGGCGUCGGAGCGGCUCUGAUGCAAGUGACGCCCGAGGGGCUCGAGAGGCCGGUACAGUACGCCUCCCGAACGCUCACUCCGACGGAGAGGAAGUACGCCCAGGUGGAGAGGGAAGCCGCAGCCGUCUCGUUCGGAGUGCGGCGGUUCCACCAAUUCCUGUUUGGUCGGCCGUUCACCCUGGUGGUCGACAACAGGACGCUCUCCAGGAUCCUGAACCCGGACCGUGAGCUGCCCUCUCUGGCGGCGGCUCGCAUGCAAAGGUAUGCGCUGCAGCUCGCGGCGUACCAGUACAAGAUCGAGCUGCGCCGGACGGAGGACAUGAGGCUGGCGGACACGAUGUCCCGUCUGUCGGUGCCGGACGAGGCGGAGAACCGGCUGUCGGCAGAAGAGGAGGCGGCGUACGGCGGAGGCGGCGUAAUGUUCAUCGCCGAACAGGGGCCGUGUCUGACCGCGCAGCAGAUAGCAGUGGCCACGCGCCGAGACCCGGUGCUCGCCCGCGCUCUGGCGGCGGUGCGAUCGGGCUGGCCGGCGGUGGUGGACCCCGACCUGGCUCCCUUCAAGAAUCGCCGAGAGGAGCUGACGACCGAGGCCGACUGUCUGCUCUGGGGCGGCCGAGUCGUCAUCCCGAGCAACCUGCGCGACACCGUCAAGCGGGAGCUGCAUGAGGGUCACUUCGGCUGCACUCGCAUGAAGCAGCUGGCGAGGCGCUUUGUGUGGUGGCCGGGACUCGAUGCUGAGCUGGAGGCGCUGGCUCGCGGGUGUCAGGCGUGCGUCUCAAAGCGAGCUGAGCCGCCGCAGGCGACACGGCACCCGUGGGAGCCGACGGACGGCCCGUGGCAGCGGGUGCACGCCGACUUUGCUGGGCCGAUGCUGGGCCAUUACUUCUUGAUAAUGGUCGACAGCUACACAAAAUGGAUCGAAGCUGUGCCAAUGAAGACGACGACGGCGGCCCGGACGGUGGCCGUGAUGCGCGAUAUUUUCGCCCGUCUGGGACUGCCAGUGCAACUGGUGACCGACAACGGCCCGCAGUUCGCCAGUCAGGAGUUCGCGGCGUUUGUGCGGUCAAACGGCAUUCGUCACACUCGUGUCGCGCCGCACCACCCCUCGUCAAACGGACUGGCGGAGAGAGCAGUCGGCACCGUCAAGAACGCGCUCCGAGUCUGCGCGGCGGCCGGUGGGGGAGUGGACCUCUCUCUGUCACGCGCGCUCCUGGCGUACAGAGUGACGCCCCACGCCGCGACUGGACGGACUCCCGCCGAGAUGCUGUUCGGUCGGAACCUACGAACUCGAAUGAACCUCAUGGUUCCGAGCGCCGAGACAGCUCUGCAGGCGGCUCGGGACCGGCAGCGUGAGACGGCCGGCGGACGGAGCAGAGAAUUCGCCGUGGGAGCUACAGUGUGGGCCCGCUCGUAUGACGGUCGUCAGAAGUGGGUCCGCGGCACGGUGGUCGCCCGCCCUGGUCCCGUGUCGUAUGAAGUGGAUUGUCCGAGCGGCGACCCGUGGUGA